AUGUCUCGUUCCAUCCACCAACGCCACGUUGCACCCCAGACUGUCCAGGAGUUGACUUAUGCUUUAAUCCAGGUCUGGGAGGAGAUCCCUCAGGAGAACAUCCGCCGCCUCAUCAGGAGCAUGCCCAGGCGUUGUAGGGAGGUCAUACAGGGGGCAGCUCGCCUAGCAUCUGUGAAGUGUCCUGAGAAAAGUUAUACUCACUACUCCUACAGCUUCCAUGAAGAGAUCUUUCACGUGGCCAGUCAGGCUCAGAAACAAAGCCCUCCAGGAGAAAUACAGAGUGUUCAUCUGGAUUUUAAAGACUUCAGGAACGUUAACUCCUUAAACUAUGCAAAUGCUCUGAGCAAGCUGCAGCAGAUAAGGAAAGAAAGUAAUAAAGCUGAAGUGAAAGUCACUGUUACCCCAGGAGAACAAAGCUUGAUUGCUCCAGAGGCUCAUGUCUUAUCUGAAAGCACAACAACAACAGUAGUCUCAACAGUACAUCAAAAAGGCAAAGCACAAGUAGAUAGUACCACUCAGAAAAAAGACGAUCAGCACUGCAAGAUUCUGUGUUUGGAAUGUGAUAAGACGUUCAUCAACAUAUUAGAUUACAAAGAGCAUGUUAAUGAAAACGAACACCAGCAGAAACUAGUCAAGCUGUUUGGACCAGGCAUGUUCAGUGGUCUCAUCUCGGAGAUCAAACUGUACCAGUAUCUGUGGUCUCACCGAAACAAGCCGUCCCCAUCCCCCCUCAUAGGCCUGUCGCUCCUCACUGUGUUUGUGCACAGGCAGAAUCGUGGUUCCACUUUAGCAUUCUAUAUGUGUCAUGCCUGUGAGAUUAACAUCCCUGUGACCUCUGCCUGUACACACCUCUGGUCCACACAACACUAUUACCAUGUCUUUGCAUAUAAAAGACCUGACCAUGUAUUCCUUGGUUCUCGGAAUUUGAACCAAAUUACAGAGUUUGCAAAAGAAGAGGAAAAACUGGAAAAUAAUACGGUCCUUCAGGUGUGUGACCUUCCAACUGAUCACUUUGGGAUGUUCAGGACUCUACCAUAUGAAAAAGUCAUGGGAAGAAUUCGAAAGUUAAAGCUGAGCAAAUACAUUCAAGUUGAAAAGCGUGUGACACUCCAGGCAUUCUCAAAAAGUUGUGACAGAAAGUCUUCUGUGGUUGGUCUGCAGUUCAUGGUGAAGUAUGCUAUAAAGAAUCCUUAUUCCAAAUGUGGUUAUCUGUGCUUGCUGUGUGAAAAGAUGCUUCCGGAAAGACAUGCCAUUGUCCACAUCUUAAGCACUUCUCAUGUGGUUGCCUAUCUUAAUCUGGCCCAUCCUGGUUCUUUGAGCAGAGAGGAGGCUGAACAGAUGUCUUUGGUUACAGACCUGGCACAACAGGCGGAGAAAUUAAGUCCUAAUGUAGAUUUCCGGGAAGUGGAACUAAGCUUUGAAAAAUUCCAUCCAGUUGAAAGAGGCAGCUAUCAGACUGCAACAGGUAUUCUGCAGUCGGUUUUAAGCGAACAAGGAUUAGGAGAACUGAAACCUUCUGUUGUCCCUGGAGCCAAAUUGGUUCCUAGUUCUAAGAAGAAUGGCCAAGAAAUUUCACAAUGUGAAACACAAGACAGCAAUCCAGCAAUGGCAGACACAAUGCAGAAUCUUGACACAACUUGCACAGAAACUUUCAUUCCCAAACUGGAUAACACGGAUUGUCAAGAAAAUGGUUCACAGUGUAAAAUACAAGGCAGCAAUCAUACAAUGUCAGUCUCAGAGCAGAUUGGCUCUGAUGCAAAGUGUUCAGAAACAUCCAUUACAGAAACAGAUGAUGAUAAAGCUAUUGAUAUGGAUAUAGAUUUGGAUGUAUGUUCUGAACUCAUACAUACAGAAGAAACAGACAAGCUGGAAGCCACAGUACUACCAGAUAUUCACCAUACCUGCCUUACCAUGGCAUCUUCUCAGCAGGCUGCACCAUUACCACCCACACAGCAGUCUGGACCACAAGACAUAAUCCCCGAACCAGAAUCCAAUCCGGCAGUCAUUCUACCGCCCCACACUUCAGAGACUUUUACAACACUGGAAAAACCUGAACCUCAAUGUGCAAAACCUACACAGAAACCAACAGAGGUGGAUGCUGACUCAAAAAUGACACCACCUCCUCCUGAAUUAAAUACAGAGACCCAAGCAGUUCCCAAAUGUGUCACACCUCCUGAAAGUACCAAACUCUGGAGCUACCUAAAGAAAGUCAAUAGAAAACCAGUCAUUGGUUUAAAAUCUGUGAUUGAAUGUCACACUGAUGAUCAGCCCCCAUUUUACAUGUGUUUAACAUGUGCUGACAGAUUUGAUGAGAACUCCAUAGUAACACAUCUCACAGGCCAUGAUCACCAACACAUGUAUCUGAAAUCGAUAAACUAUGCACACCUGCAACACAAAAAAAAGGUGAAGCCAAAUUGGUUAAGAGGCCAGGCCAUUUUGAUAGAGAGAUCCCAAGGAUAUGGAGAAGCUGAGGUACUUGAAUUGGGUCCUACAGAGUACCAUGAAAUAUUAAGGUCCCCUAUUAUAACUGCUUUGGGAAAGCUAAGAGAGUGUCUCCUUGAGCUGACAGCCGAUAUCAAUUCACAAAGUCCAGGAUCAGCUUGCUCUGAUGAAAUCGAGCGGCCUGAAACAUUAAAAAGCCAAACUGAAGAAGUGGACAGUGCACAUCACCAACAAGAAUCUGUGAUUUCCUCAGAACCUGACAUAACUCCUAAACAAGGUGUGCAAAGAGUGAACGCAGUUGCCAGUUUAUCAGCGUCACAUACAGGUACUGAUGACCCUGCUCAGAGUUCACCUCAUUUAUGGUCUUACCUCACUAGCUCUUCUCGAACAGAGCCUGUAAUCGGCUUGAGUGUGAUCACGGAGUAUCGCAGUUCCACUGGUCAGAACUCCUUCCUGUGCUCAAGCUGUGAAGUAAUACUUGCUACCUCUAAUUAUAUGAGCCAUCUGGUCAGCCCAGAGCAUCGCUUUAAUUACAUUAAAAGCAAGCACCCAGAGCUUGUAGCACUUUGGAGUGAUGAGAUUAACUUGACUUGCAAAAGUACAGAGCUUAAGGUGAAGGCACAGAUGUUGCAGGACAUUGAAGGCUGUGGAUGCCUCAAGGUGGUGGAGAAAGAAUCACCAAAAAAUAAGCAGCAUCCAACCGAAAAUGCUGAGAUCUCAUCUAAACCUCAUAAACCAGAACCCCUUCAAACCAGUGUUACAAAUAUAUCCACAGAGCAACAGGACCAAAACCACAAAAGGCUGAAUCCUGCCAGAGAGUUGGACAAGAAAAACAACAUUUUGAUUGGGCUAAGUUAUGUCACUUGUGUAAGUCAUGGGAAAAAGAAGUUAUUUUUCUGUGAACUCUGCUCUGUCCGAUGUCAUUUGGAUCACAUGACAAGUGAAGCCCACAGAAAAACUUAUGUGGAAUCUAAUUAUCCUGGUUAUCAAUACCCAAGUGGUGCAGAUAUGAAGAUGAUGCUGUAUAAAAGAUUAGCAGCAGUGGAGAAAAUCACUGGGAUGAGAAUGAAGAAAAUAAAUGUCAAUUCAAAAAUCUUCACAGCCUUACGCACUGCUCCUCUUAGUCAAGCCCUGAGCCAACUGAAAUCAUUAAAGGCACAGCUAGAAGCUGGAGUGGACUUGAACGCAAUCGCUGUCUCUCCUCAGCACAAACCUGAUGCUGUUUCAGACCAUCAAAAUGGUAACUAUGGUACAUGA